GCUGCAAACAUCAUUAGGAGGGGAGACGCUUUCCACCGUCAGCGCCGGAGCAGAGCAGGGGAGCCCUGGCAACAAGGAGAGACACAAACUCAGCAGCCCGUUACACCCAACAGUGACAUGGUGACAGCACCCGCAGACAGACAGACGUGGACAGACGGCGCAGGCCCCCGGAGCUCUUCCCUCCCAUUGGUGGAGAGAUCCAGACUUGACACCAGGAACUGCAGCUCCAGUCGGUUGUCAGCUCUCAACUGAGCAGCAGGCUCCACCUAUUCCGCCCAAGUAGCUCCGCCUCCUCUGGUCAGGGAGUGCUGAGUCCCUGAGCCAACACACUGCAUUCUGGGAAAGUCUGGAACCCUCUCCAUGGGCUGUACCACCUGCUGACAACCCAGGGGGGUCUGGAGGAGUUGUGUUGAAUGAGGAUUGUGCUGGGUGUGGGCAGGCUUGCUUUUGCAAGGAAAUGAUUCCGCAUGAAGUGCGACGCACUCGGCCCCCUGUCGUCCUCGGCGGCAGCAGCAGGUGUGACGUCGUGACUCUCUCCCCUACUACACUGAGCUCACCCUUCAGCCACUAAAGACCUCUGGACCAAACAGACCGCCCUAACCCUCCCUUCCCCUCUAACCACCCCUCCAUAUCUUCAUCUGCAUCUUUAAUCCUUCCUCACCUGCUUGUUAGAGCCUGGAAUUUCUUUGUUAUCAAGAAAAGACCUGUUAAUCAGCACCCUGAUAGAGAGCUAAAGAGAGAAAAGAUUGGGAAAGUUAAUCCUUAGCUAAUUAAAGCGAGACAAGGGACAGAUCACCUAGAGUGAGAAAAAGAGACAGGGAAGUGGAAUAAAAAGUCAGAGAGAGAGAAAGACAGAGAGAGAGAGAGAGAGAGAGAGAGAGAAGAAAACAGAAAGAAAACGCUAUAGGAAGCCAAAAGUUUAGGAAAGAUAAAGCAAGUACAGUUGAGGGACGUGAGGCGAAGUCAGCAUGAAGUCCAACCAGGAACGCAGUAAUGAAUGUCUGCCCCCAAAGAAGAGGGAGAUCCCCUCGAGCACAUUACCAUCUGACAUUCGCUCACCUACCAUCCCACAUGCCAGUGACAGCCAGCGCACAGAAAACAUGGCCUGGCUUGCUAGUGUGGCUGGUGGGAACGAGAGUGGUGUGGGCGGACACCGUAGCUCCAGUCAGUCUGACGGCCCCCAGUAUAAAUCCCUCUUCUCCACGUCAGACUCUCCAUCCUCCUCUUCCUCACUGAGGCUAGUCUCAUCUCUUCCCACAGUGUAUACAUCCCCCCUGUCACAGCCCACAGUUGGAGGAACUGUCCAUUACGCCCAACUGCCUCCUAACCUGCAGUUUAUAGCCUCCCCUUACACUGCCCCGUACGCAGGCUACAUCUCCUCUCAACUGCUUCCACCUCCUCCUCCACCUCCCCCCCUGUCCGCCUCGUCCUCCUCUUUGGCCGCACAGAGACACUCACACACAUCAGAGACAGUAUCUGCUCCCUCGCACGUCUCCAAACAUGACCAGCAGAGAGCGUCCACGGGGCGUACCUCCAUGCCUCCGCCUUCUACAGACCCCGCCCCUCACCACGUUCAAAUGUCAACCUCAACACGGACUGUGCCGUCACCUCAUUACCAAGGAGGCGUUCACCUUCCUCCCCAGUCACUGCACCACCACCAUAAUUUGGGGCAUGGGAUGUCCCAGCUUGUGGUGCAGUAUAGCGACGGACACACAAGGAAAGAGGAAGGUGGCUCCAGACCCAGAGAGCUCCACAAUGGAGAGCUGGAAAGGGGUCGGCGGUUUGGAGCGUCUCCUGAGUCCAGCCUCUCUAAGCCAGGGAGCAAGUCACGGGAUGCCACGUCGUCUUUGUCCACCUACGAGGCCCGCCAGCUGGUUCUGCAUUCAGACUACUCUACUCAUGAUCCCUCAGGGCUGAGAACCUCUUUCAUGCUAAUGCCCAACAGCCAUGGGGACCACCAGCUGGUGCCGCCGAGAGCCAGCCCUGAGAAGCUGACAACCUCUGCCCCCGCACACCUGGAGAAAGGUGGCAUCAUCCUGGGCAAGCCUGUCAACCGCACGCCCUCCUCCACCAACACCACCUCUUCUUUCACGUUUCCGCCCCCGUUAAGUGUCGACAGCCUGAAAGCUGCUGUCAACACACUGUCACCCCAGACCGUUAUCCAGACCACCCACAGCACUACAGAGUCACUGUCAAUGGGGCUCCCCUCCACCAGUAUCUACCCCCAGCCGCCCAUCAUUGGUUACAUCGCAGGGGGCAGCGGGAGCCAGCAUACGCCAAUCAGCUACCACACCAGCCUACAACAACACUUACUCAUUCCUGGCGCCCAACCGGUCAUUAUCCCUGUUAGUGGAGGCGGAGUCACCGCGUUGGAACCCGUAACCUCCAACGUGACGUCGUCUACCCAGGCUGCACCGUUUCCUACCACACUCCCUCACACAUACAUCGCUGCCACUGCCCACAAAGGAGAAACUCUUGAACACCCCAGCGGCUCGUAUCACCAGGCCGCCUCAGGUGGCGUGGUCCAAGCCCAGCUUCAUCUUCCCAUUGUUCCAGCGCCACCGGGGCUGGUCGCUCCAUCUGCUCCUCCUUCAUCCGGUACGGUGGUGCCCCCCUCACUCCCGCCAUAUUUCAUCAAGGGCUCCAUCAUCCAGCUGGCCGAUGGGGAGCUGAAACGGGUGGAGGACCUGAAGACGGAGGACUUCAUCCAGAGCGCCGAGAUCAGCAGCGAGCUGAAGAUUGACUCGUCCACAGUGGAGCGCAUCGAAGGGAGCCACACCUCACCCAACUUCGCUGUCGUUCAGUUCUCUGUUGGUGAGCACCGUGCACAGGUGAGUGUGGAAGUCUUGGUGGAGUACCCCUUUUUCGUCUUCGGCCAAGGCUGGUCUUCAUGCUGCCCAGACCGGACCACCCAGCUUCUUGAGCUGCCUUGCACCAAGCUCUCUGUGGGCGACGUUUGUAUCUCACUCACCCUCAAGAACCUGAAGAACGGAUCCCUGAAGAAGACUCAGCCCCUGGAGCUGGCCACCCCUGCCUCCGUCCCAGCCUCCAGCCACGGGCACCUGAAACCCCCCAGAGCUGUCUCAGACGCUCCCCAGAGCUGCAGCGGAGGAGGCUCCAGGCACAGCGAGCGGGAGAACGGCAUCAGCCAGCGAGGGAGGGGUGGAAGUGGGAAUGGCAGUGGAGGAAGUACCAAUGUGGAAAACGGGGAUCUCAUGUUUGGGGAGAGAGGGUCAGUUUCUAAAGGUCAGGUUGCCGGCAGCGCAGAAGCUGCCGUCAGUAAGCCAUCAGGAGGCAGGAAGCGGAGAUGGUCCGCUCCUGAAGGUCGACAAGUAGAAAAAUCGGAGGAGGAGCCGCCCCUGACCCUGCCCAAACCUUCCUUCAUCCCUCAUGAGGUGAAAGUCAGCAUCGAGGGAAGGUCAAAUAUUGGCAAGUGAAGGCUAGCAGGACUGUUCAAUAACCAUUGGGAUUUGAAAAAAAACGUAAAAGGAUUUUACAAAAAAACAUGAAUGCCCACAUUAAUGUUUCAUUUGUCUUGGUUUUCUGUUUUUAUUUUUCUAUCUUGAAUACUGUACUGUAGAGGUAAAUUUACCCUACAUGGUAUCACCUUACAUUAAGUCCAUGUAGGUAAUAACACAUUUUUUUAUAGAUGGAUUUGAUAUCACACAAGCAAAUGGUGCCGUUUUGGUGGUUUUCAUGAGAUGACUUACGGUGAGGAGUGCUAGAUGUUUAUUGGUGGCUGUGUGGCACACAGGAGCAAAGCUUGAUGGCUCUUCUUGGCUGGCUACACAUGAAACCUUAUGUAAAUUUCUGAUUGAAUUAGCUCACAGUAACGGUGAUUUCACUCCCUGCGCACUGCUCGUGAGGUCGCCUGGAUGAAAACACUUUCCCACCACCUCUUGCAGCGCCAGUGGUUUUACACUGGGCCACAGAGAGAGUCAGCUGAUCCAGAGCAUGAAGGAUUUAUGGGUUUAAUCAUGGCAUGAUUCAUUUUCUGAAUCAGAUUUGGAGUUGGAAAAAACACCCUCUCUAUGUCUCUACUAUAAACGUACUGUUUGUUAUUCACAGUGUCAUCAGGGUGUGCCAGACUUGACCGGUGAUGUCAUCAAGUGGUGCCAGUGUGCCGCACAAAAGAGAGGGAACAACACUUACUUUGUUCAGUUUCAUGAUAGUGGAGUCUUUACUUUCAUCUUGAGCAUUUUCACUUGUUUUUUCAUGAAGCCCUCGUCUUCUAUCUCACCUGAUAGUUGUUUUCAAUGAUUGUCGAAAAACCUUAAUCAGGGGUCAUUUAGAUUGAACCUAUAGGUGGGUCAUUGUUAAUGUAUAAAUGUGAGAUGCCCUAACCUAAUACAUACAAGUGCAAACACACUGGGUUGGCGAACUUCACUUCAAGAAAAUGUUAAGAGGAAUACUGCAUACAAUCCUCAUUGUUUUUUGAUGAAUUACUUUAUAUUUUUUUACGGAGAAAGGCUGUGUGAGAGGAACCGAGAGAAUCUGCAUGUCAGUUCUGAGAGGGUCAGGAUGUUUCAAAAGCACUUAACACACCUGUCACACUCACCAUACAGCCGGCAAAAUUUUUGUUGUCUCUUUAUUUACGCAGUACUGUAUGUUUUUAGAUUUUUUUUUAUUAAGACAAGGGUAGAAAGUAGCAACAGCACUUUGGAAAGGUGAAGCUUUUGGAAAAGUGAAGGGGUGGUUUGGUAACGUGGGAGCGGAUGUGCCAUGGGAUCACAAAGAAAGGGAUGAUCGUGAUAUUGGAGAACAAUUCCAAGUAGUAGGUGGUUAGAGAAAAAAAAUUGAUGUUGACAAAAGGAAGUAGAUGGUUUUGUACAGUUAACCAGCCAUGCAAAAGUUAGGGGAAAGUAUCGGAAUGUGUUUUGAAAGUUUGGGAUCUGGCAUAAGGAUUAACAAGGCUUUUAAAAUAUCCCAAUAAUGUUCUGUACUCGACUGAGAGCAUUGAUUGGAAGCCACAGAAGGGUGUCAUAUAUUUGUAAUAUGUGUGCUAGAAUGUGCAUGAUGCUGGUCUGUGUCUGUCCAUACACACACACACACACAGACACACACACACACGCUUACUCAAACACAGAACAGUACAGACCAUCCCUGAAACCUAUAAUAUGUACUGUAUUGAGAUGGAUGCAGACUGUCCCUACUGCAAAGAAACUAGUUGACUGACAUUGGAUUAAUGCUGACUGCUAACAGUACAGUUGUAGAGAGUGCUCUGUGGUGUGUUUGCGUAUGUGUGUGAGUUUGUGUAUGAGUGUAUGUAUACUGUGUAUAGGAAAAAGGUUAUAUUCAUUUGAUAUAUAGACAAUGCUAAAUGUCCAGUGUUUCUACUUCGUACUUAAUAGAAUCUUGCAAUUUGCACAUCAGGAGGAGGGAGAAGGGUGGAGACAUGAUUUCUGAACCGCCCUGUCCUGAAAUGAGCCCUAGACCACGUGACACACUGGAGGAGACCAGGGUUUUUGUUCCUCAACAGGCACUUGUCACAUUGUAGAGGAAACAGUUUCUUCAUCAACGCAGUUAAGGUCAAAUUACAUUUGAGUUUUUGCAAACCUAACCGCAGUUGUAAAAUUAUUUUUUACACGUGCCUGCCUACUGAAUUUACUGACUUAAGUUGAAGAUAUGCCAUUUCUAGUGUAUCUGAAGGAAAAUUCAGACUUUUUUGUCCAUUUUUCCUGCUGUUGAAACCAGAGUGUAGGGACUAGGGUUCAGUUUUGAACACGGCCUGUGCUUUCAGCCAGCUUGAACCCAAUUUUGCUAAGAUGCAGCAGUUAACUCAGCAGAUAUGCCUGCUUGGUUGGCCCAACAUUCAGAGCUUUUUCAGCUUUUAUUCCAAACAUCAGUGCAACUGAAAUACAGUGAUGCUUUAUAUUUAAAUUUUGACAUAUUAUCUACUUCGGGCUGUAAAUCAAUACUAUUGGUCACCAUUAUUUUGUGUCUUUGGGUUUUUACAGAUAUUUAACCAAUUAAAAGAAUAAAAAAAGGGCUUGUGACUAAAUGUUGUAACUCCUUUAGACUUUAAACUGUCAUUUAACUUAAUUUGAGAUAAAUAGCUCAGUAAAAUGUUUUUAAAUUUGUUUUCAGUAACAGUUUUGGACAUACAAGGUUUCCGUCUGACAGCAACAAUUUGAGAAAAGGAAAAAUGAAAUUGGUUGUUUUUAAAUCUGUCAGUGAUAGUAGAAACAUAUGAUCUGGGGUUGAAUAUAUUCUGAUUGUAUGGCGCCAUUCAACAUGGAUGUUCCUCUCAUGCUGCAUGUCAUAAUACAGUAUGAUCAGCUGGCUUCCUGCAGGCAUUUCUGUUGAGCUCUCUGCUCAGCCUCUGUACUUUAUUACAGAAUAGUUUUUAGUUGGCAUUGUCUCUAAAACGUGUAUCAGUCGUGUUUCCAUCCCACUGAGGUUUAACCGUGUGGGGUAGCGCUGUUUCAGGUGGUGGGAGUUUACCAGGGUGACCGCAGUAUGGAUGUGUGCUCAGAUGGAUGAGGAGUGGUUGAGUAAACCGGCAGAUGGAUGGUGACGGUGAGUGAAUGAGUAGACCCCAUAUGAGAUUUGAAAAUGCUUUAUUUUUUUAUAAUAAAACAGGGUUUCUCAGAUCAACGCCACCACAGCAGAACAUUUUAAUUUCUUCCUUUUCCUAUUGAAACAUCACAAUUAUUAGUAGUAGUACGGUGUGUGCAUGUUUUGCAAUCUGUGUAUUCUGUAAAUGUACACUUACGUUAUUUUUGUCCAACCCCCUUACCAACUAAUGAAAAAGCAGAAUAAACAGCCACUCAGACCAUCCAAACUUUUACUGUCAGUCAGGUUAAAACAUUUUUAGCCAAAGCCAAGUGAUGUUGCUUUGGUUACUUUCAGAAAGCAAUAGUACGAUUAUUCAGGCACUCUCCUUGUGUAUGGGUUCAACACACACACACACACACACACACACACACACACACAUACACACACACUCUCAUUCACAUAAAUUCCACUCAAAUCUUCUGCAAUAAACAUUUAAUAAAAAUCGUCUCACAUUGCAACCAAAACAAUUCCUGCUUGCUUCCCGUAGAGGAAAUACAAUCUUGCCAUAUACUAAAAAAUGCUUUUCGAUUUACCUGAACACCUCCUUAUCAUAAAGUACAUUAAAUCGUAACAAAAUUGCAGUUGCAGCACCAGUUGCUAGUCUUUCAGGGAUGUGUCUCAUAUAUGCAGUAAUUGACCCCAAAACCUCCGCUGUCCAGCUGGUCAGAGUCAUAAACUCUGUUGUCACGCUGCAGGUGAUCACACUAUGCACCUGAAGUAACCAGCAGACGUUUCGACUCGGCCCAGGUCUGCCUCGUUGCCACGAUUCCCGUAGUGACCUCGUUAACUUCGUUUCAGGUACCUAAUCAUAGCCAGCCAGCCUCGCAAAAAGCAAUCGAUUAACCCUCAACAACCGUUAGCUACCUUUCAGUGUGGCCUGGCCGGGACAAAGCAGGGCUGGCCUGGGCUGCCUGAUCCCCUCCUAACAUCACCUUUUGAUAUUCGGUCUCCUUUUCACUAUUAGCUUAUUAAUAAAGGUCAUUGUGUUUGUACUUCAGUGGAAAUGCAUGCUUCUUAAUAAUAGACUGUGGAACAAAGCAAUCUGAAAUGUAGACACAUUCUGAAUGCAGAAGAGGGAACGGCACAUCACAGCAAGAUUUCAACUUUUUUUGAGGGUUCGGUGUAGUUUUAAUUUCAGUUUUUAAUCCCCUUGAAAUGUACCACAAUGUGCAAUACUUACAUUUUGUUCCCCCCCCCUUUGCUGUGCCAAGUGUAUGUAGCAUACUCCAGUGUCUCAUCCUUGUAAAUGGCUUGUGUAUUUUACUGUCUGUUGAUGUGUGUGUGUCACAUCUGUAGAACAAGAGUCAGGAUGUUUGUGAAGAGAGUUUGUCCGUACCUCUCUUUUCCCCUUGUCCUCGCGGCCUUCCUAAAUUUGAGCAUGUGUGUCCUUGGUGUGUGUGUGUGUGUGUGUGUGUGUGUCUGUCUGUCUUCACCAUGUGUCAUGCGUGUAGUAUGCGUGCUUAUGUACACCUGGUGUUCAAUUGUGUUAAUGAGGGUUUGAGUGUGUGACACAUGAGUGUGUGUAACAGAGUGUUUUCCUGCUCUAAUCGUCUGUGAGAUCGUAAACCCUGACCCUCGACGGUUCAUGGUGAGACCCGCAGAAAAAAAAGAAACCUCAUUGCUUAGUGGGGACCACUUUUUGUAAAAAAAAGAAAAAAUAGAAAAAGGAAAAAAAAAACAACAACCAACCAACAGAGAUGCACAUGUAAGUAGAUGUAAAAGACUUGAUAAUGUUUCAGCACUUUCUAAUCCUAGGACGGGCUUGGUCUAACCCCUCUGUCUCAGACCGAUACCUUCCCUAGGGAUAACAUUCAUUCAAAACAGACAGAGAGAAUGAGAAUGAUUAAAAAAGGGGGUGAAUAAGGAUGAAAAAGAGAGAUGGCUCAGUUUAAGUUUUUGCACAUCACCUUGCCGUAACCUUGUGUUUAUCUGUCUGUGCUCCAUCUCGCUUGGCGCCCGGCGCGUUCUUGGGUCCAACGGGCCGAGGUGUUAGGUGGUUCCUUGGUUCUUUUCUACUAGGAAAACCUUUUCUCAUGGAAUGCAUCCCUUCUUUUGUUGUGUCUGGGUUUGUUUGGAAUCUAUUUCCACCCUACGCCAACGCAGCUGUGCCGUUAAUUUGGUUUUGUUUUGUUCACACUUUGAGACCUAAUUUGGCAGACAUGUUGGUCACAGCUCGGUUUGGUCGUGCGGGGUGAAAACGGUGCGUACAAACCUUUGCAUUGUUUGCAUUAUCUUUGGUGCAGGAGCUUUUUCUGUGUUUUUGGUCUCCUUGUAGCACUCAAUAUAAUGUCAGGGGACUUAUGUAGAGAAUGUGUCAUUUUUGAGUUUUUAUGACAAGCUUCCUCACUGGAGGAACACUGCUAAUGUCUUUUUUUUAAUUGGCUUCUUGCACAAUUUUACAAAUAAAAUGAAUGUUGGUGUGUGAGCUUUGACUUUUCGAUCAGAAAAAAAGGCAUGUGUGCUCUUUGUUUCUUGAUGUUUGUACUUUCAUUUUGCAAAAAGGAUGUGUUUUUGGCACUUUGUCGUGUUUUAAAAGUGAACAGAAUUCGAUCAGGAUUCCUUUUGUUUUCAUUCUUUUUUUUUUUUUUGUAUGACGUCUCGUCAAUGUCCAUAGCGCUGGAUAACCAACUCAGGCAGAAAGAAAAAAAAAAAACUUGUAGAGGCCCACUUAACAGUUUAGUUUCACCCCAAUCAAUUUACAUAGUGGGCUGUUUCAUAUGGGUUAUAAGAUAUGUAAAUGUAUUACAUAUAAUUUGAUAUGAUUAACAAAUGUCAUUAUUGACAAUUAACUAUGAAUUAUUAUUAUGAUAUUCUGUGUAUUAUGCUGGAGAUGGCUUGGAUUACUCUUCAGUGUACUGAACGUCUUUGUUGGGCCGCUCUGUGCAAGGCGACAAACACUUCAGCAGGGGACAGGCUGUAUGGUUCGUGACCUCUGACCCUGCCCACUGCCACGGAGGGGGGCGGAGCUUAUCUGUCAGCUGUGGCUCAGUUGAUUCCUCCCCCGUUCUGAACACUCAGCCCUGAGGCUAGCAACCAGUCUGUUUCGAUGUCUCUCUGCUAACCUGCGACACCAAGUACUGAACUGAAACUUUUUGGCCCAUGUGACAGUAGCAGAGAAGUGGACAUCAGCACAGACCUGCUCGGACAGUCUGGCCUGCAGGGGCCGAAGCAGUUCCCAGCCAACUUGUUUGUACUAUAUUGUACUCACCAAGUCCCUGUGUCUCACCACCCUUUUCCUCUAUAGCAAUGGAGAAACCCUGUUGGUGUAUGUAUUUGACAUCUGUACAAAUGCACCUCUUUGAAAAAGAAAAUGAAACCUUGACAUAU